AUGACGUCUAAACUUGUCCCCGACGACCCGCGGGUUCGCGAGGAGACAGUCUCCGUCCGCGGCAAGCGGUACAACUACAUCCUCGGGGAGCCGGACUCGCCCCCCGUCGAGACCGUCUUCCUCAUCCACGGCUUCCCCGACAUGAAUUUCGGCUGGCGCUGCCAGAUCCCGUACCUGGUGUCGCUCGGCCUGCGGGUCGUGGCUCCCAACAUGCUCGGGUACGCGGGGACCUCGCGGCCGGACGACCUGGCCCAGUUCUCGCACAAGAGCAUCUCGGCGGACUUGAAAGAGCUGGCGGCCAGCUUCGUCGGCCAGGACGGCCAGAUCAUCCUUGGCGGCCACGACUGGGGCGGCGCUCUGGUCUGGCGGACCGUCCUGUGGCACCCGGAGCUCGUCAAGGCCGUCUUCAGCGUGUGCACGCCCUUUGCGCCCCCGAACCCCGUCUGGAUCCCGCUCGAGGACCACAUCGCCGCUGGGCGGCUCACAAACUUCAAGUACCAGCUGCAGCUUGCAGGGCCCCAUGUCGAGAGGGAGCUGGGGAGCGAGGAGAAGGUGCGGCAUUUCCUCAACGCCAUGUUCGGCGGUAGGGGGAAAGACGGGAAGACGGGCUUCUCUACAAGCGAGGGCGUGCUUCUGGACGACCUGGCGGCCUUGGGACCCUCACCGCUGGUUUCCGAGGAGGAGCUGGAUCAUUAUGCUUGCCGGUACAUGCUGCAGAGCGCGCCGCCGAUGAGGGGCCCGCUGAAUUGGUAUAGGACAAGGAGGAUCAACUAUGAGGAGGAACUGGCCUUGACCAAGGACUUCAAGCCUAUUGAGACGCCGGCCUUGUUUAUCGGCGCGACGAAUGAUUCCGCGUUGCCGCCGGCCAUGGCGGCUGGUAUGGGGAAGUGGUUUAAGGAUUUGACGAGGGCUGAGGUCGAGGCCUCGCACUGGGCCUUGACGCAGACGCCGGAUGACGUGAAUAGUUUGAUUGGAGCGUGGUUGGGCAAGGUUUUGGGCGGGGCUGUGAAGGCUUCCUUGUAG